AUGGCACCGAGAGAAGAAAUAUCAGGCGACGAGUCUGAUGACUCCCAACUGGAAUGGGAAGUGGAACAAGGCAUCCCGCAGGUGGAUGACCCGUUCAUCCAAAAAUACAUGGCGGGGCGCCAGGCUCUGAUAGAACAGGAGAAAAAGCAACGCCAUGACCGAGCAUUCAAACAGAACAUGUCCCCGAUGGCAAAACAGGCAGCCAAGAUCAUGGCUUCGAUUCGACGACGAGAGUUGCAGACCGUCUGGACCUCCGAGUUUGAGGAUAGCCUCGCCGAUAAGAAUGGCGGCAACCUCUAUCCCGGCAUGAUGUUCACUCUGGCUCGGGAUCGUAUGGAGACGACCGAGUUGUGGAAGAUCGUCGAGAAGAUGCCCAAGGGUGCCCUGCUUCAUGCCCAUCUGGACGCCAUGAUUGACAUUGACUGGCUAGUUGACCAGGCUCUCGCGGAGAAGGGAUUCUGUAUGGUUGCUCCUGAAGGGCUGAGUGACAAGAGCAAACGGACGUCCGGUGCACUACAAUUCAGAUACUAUCCUGACGAGGUGGUCAAGAAACAGAAAAGCACGGGGAGCAUCUGGAGUGCAGGGUACACGCCAAAUACGCCUGUCACCAUGCGAGAAGCACAGAGGACAUUCCCGGACGAUGAUCAAACCUUUAAGAAAUGGCUGAUCAGCAGAUGCACCAUUACCGCCGAGGAGUCGUUAUGCCACCACCAUGGCCUGGAUGCUAUCUGGAAGAAGUUUCAAAGUACAUUUCUGGUCAUUACUUGGAUGUUCACCUAUGAACCCAUCUUCCGCCGCGCCAUUCAGCGUCUUCUCGGCCAGUUGGCAGCGGAUGGCAUUAUCUACGUCGAUUUUAGGAUCGCAUUCAAGUUCGAAUUCCGAAGGCAGGGACGGACCACGGGUCAAGUGGGCAAAUUUGAAGAUUUUUUCACAGCUCUGGGCGAAGAGAUCGAGAAGUUCAAACAGUCGCCUGCUGGCAAAACCUUCAAAGGUGCACGUAUGAUAUGGACCGUCAUCCGUAAAUCGGACAAUCGAACACUCGUCGAUUCGAUGAAGGAAUGCAUUCGCAUGAAGCAAAAGUUCCCUCACAUGAUUUGCGGCUUUGACUUCGUGGCUCAAGAAGACCAGGGAAGGACGCUGAAACAUCUCACCCCACUCAUCUUCUGGUUCAAGAAGAAGUGUGCGGAAGCAGGUGUUGAUUUGCCUUUCUUUUUCCACGCAGGCGAGUGCCUAGGUGACGGCGACAGUACGGACAAUAACUUGUUUGAUGCACUUUUGCUGGGGACUCGACGCAUUGGACAUGGGUACUCUUUAUACAAGCACCCUUUGCUGAUUGACAUGGUCAAGGAGAAGAAGAUAUUGGUCGAGAGCUGCCCGAUCUCGAAUGAGAUCUUACGACUCUCCAGCUCUAUUCUGUCACACUCUCUUCCGGCACUGCUUUCACGAGGCGUGGCGGUGUCCCUGAACAACGACGACCCGGCAAUCUUGGGACACGGGAAAAAUGGCUUGAGUCAUGAUUUCUGGCAAGCCUACAUGGCCUUUGAGAACCUCGGAUUGGAAGGUCUAGCAACGAUGGCCGAGAACUCUCUAAAAUGGUGCGCCGUGGAGGAUCAGAAAUUGGGUGAGUGGACCAAGGGUAUCACCGACGGUUAUCUGGGUAAGGGCGUCAAGGCAAAGCUACUCAGAGAAUGGAGGAGCGAGUUCGAAAAGUGGUGUCAAUGGAUAUUGAUGGAGUAUCCCCUAGAGGCCGAGGAAGAGGAUGGAGAGGAUGAAGACGAAGAGGAGUCCGAGGAGGAUGAUGAGGAUGAAGAAGAUGAGGACGACGAAGACGAUGAAGAGUAG